CCCCCGUCACUCUGGAAUUCUGCUUCUCGGGAGAGCCGGCCCGCCCGAAGAGUGCUCCUCGCCCGGCCGGUGCCUCCCCCCCCUCCCCCCCGUCCCGUCCGCACCCGCCCCGGCCAUGGCCGUGCAGGUGCCCCUGUGGCACCACUACCUGCAGGCCAUCCGCUCGCGGGGGGCACGGCGGGCGCAGGACUUCCAGCGCGCGGAGAACGUGCUGCUCACGGUGCUGGAGCACGUGCACCGCCGGGACCCCCGCUUCCUCGUGGACUACUCCCGUGACCUGGAGGCCUUCCAGUUCGCCCUGCGCACCUCGGAGGAGCCCCUGCACGUGGAGGUGCCCCUGCGGGCGGACGCGGACGCCCUGCUGAUUGAGGAGGUGGGGGCCGCCGAGGCGGGCGACGGCCCUGCGCCCUGCCGCCUGGGUGUCUCCAGGGAAGCGGCCGGCCCGGAACGGCGGAUGGCCGAUGACGUCCUCAGCGUCUCCUCCGAGGGUGGCGCCGGGUGCCGCGGCCACAUCGCGCCCAGCAAGGUCCUGCGCGUCCUCAAGGACCUUCUGGUGGCGGCCGUGGUGCACUGCAGACACCAGGGCCUCGUCACGCCAGGUUCUCUGAACGCGGACAGCCUGGAGGAGAAGGAGUCCCACCUGUCCCUGCUCGUGUCUAGCGGCUGGCGAACAAUCCGGUUCAACAUCGUGCCCAUGGUGUGGAGAAAGCUCGGGGUGCCGGCCCUGGAGAGGGCUCAGUGGAUGCACGGGUUCCCUGAAGGCAGCUUGAAAAGGAUCAUCAGCCAAGAAGCGGCCCUGGUGCCAGCCAGUGCCCAGCACUGGAGGGUCUCCACUGACUACCUGCUCACCAGGCUGCUCGGUGCGCUGGGCUCCCUCCCAGGCCACCGUCUGGACGGCCUCUCCAUCCUGGACCGGGUCAACCACGAGAGCUGGCGCGAUGGCGGCCAGAGCCCCGGCCUGACCUUCAGUCACCUGAAGACCGUGCUGCUGUGGGCGUCCACGCUCUUCCCGGCGCCGGAGGACUGGGCGGAGCUGCAGGGCGCCGUGUACCGGCUGCUGGUGGUGCUGCUCUGCUGCCUGGCCACCGGGAACCUGCCACACUUCGUCUACCCCAAGCGGAACCUGCUGAGCGACGCCGGCCUGGACCUCAACGCCCUGUACCAGCGCGUGGAGCGCUUCGCCAGCCAACCCGAGGCGUCCCUGCGCAUCCACGUGACCCACCUGGGCCGCGGCCCCCCUCCGCGCAUCGGCAACGGGGUCAAGGCCCUCCUGCAGCUGCCUGCCAGCGACCCUGCCUACUGGGCCACCGCCUACUUUGAUGUCCUGCUGGACAAGUUCCAGGUCUUCAACAUCCAGGAUGAGGACCGGAUCUCGGCCAUGCAGAGCAUCUUCCGGAAGACCAAGACCCUGGACGGCGAGGAGUGCUGAGCGGCCUUGCCUUUGCUCGGUCUUCACCACCCACAGCCGGGCUGCAUGGCCCUGCGGAGGACCCGGGACAUUCAGAGAAGGGAAUGGGCUUCACCUCGAGGCAGGUGAUGGGCGGUAGAGACGUCCACCUCAGACUGCCCGGGGGAUGGCCUCCCGGGACACUGGGAGUGCCGGGCAGCAGGUCCCCCGGAGCAGCUGCCUGGUCUCCCCAGGGCCUGGGACGAAGGCGCCUUGUAUUUCACAAGACGCGUGUGGGUCUGUGUGAUGUCAUCAGACUCUCAGAGCCAAGCGUCUGCCCGAGACCUGGAGCUCGAGGGCUUGUCCCGACCUGAGUCCCAUGCUCCUCCGUGGUGAUGUAAUACUAUAUAUCUGAUCUUGAAUAAAUUAAUGCGCCAGGUAGGCUCGGUGGGGACAGCA